GAUGUAUAAUCUGUGACUCUGACAACAACAUUGUCGACAUAUAUUUCUAACCAAAGAUUUAAGAUAAGUUCUUGUGAUUUUAGGCAAAUUGGCAGUGUUUUUGCUCAGAAACUUACCAUUUCAGCAGCGUUGUGAUCAAUUGAUAACGGUAUUUAUUCUCGUGAAUUGCAUUUUUUAACUUGGUUGAAGCUUGUCAGUUAUUACUUUGUUAAUUAAUCUGUAUUUACACUGGGCUGAAUGGUGAAAUAUUUUCACAUCCCAUUUAUAUGUAUGCACUUCUGAACAGUAAUAGCAAACUGAUUAGAUCUUUGCCAGGGUUCAUGCAUAUUCAGUGUUAUUAGUGCAUUACAAUUUCGUGAAUUUAAAUUACACACUUUUACACAUUAAGUUAGUAGGUAAAUAUCUUGAAAUCAUGUCUGUGAAAAGACUCCCUUCGUGCAUCCCAAUUCCACUUGAUGAAAAGGAACUCAAAGAACUUGUUUCAAAGACCAAAGACUGGGUUGUUAUGCAUGGAAUAGGAAUUAGAUCUAAAACGGCAUUCAGUGAAGAUUCCAUUAAUUUUGCACCAUAUCUGCUGCUGCCCUCAACCUUUCCCAGAAAAGAAUUCGAGAGAGCUGUUGAAAUACAAACCACACUGAAUGAACUGAUGCAUAGAGUGGCCCACAAUCAGGAAUUUUUAAAGGAAACUUUGAAAGACACAAUUCAGGUUGAUGAAUUUACCGGCAGCUUAUACAAGAUAUGGGAAACGGUACUAAACGAAGGAGUUACUCAGCCUCUAAGUUUAGCAUUAGUUCGCAACGACUUAAUGUUGGAUUCUAUGCACAGUUGGAAACAGGUGGAGUUUAAUACGAUUGCUGCUGGUUUUGGUUGGCUUGGCCCAGCGUCAUUAGCUAUCAAUAGGUUUGUGUUGGAAGAGCUGGAACACUUUGACAAACUGCAAAAUUUACCGGAAAACAAUGCUUUAACUGGGAUGACCAUGGGUCUUUUGGAAGCGUGGAAAAUAUAUGGGGAUUCUAAAGCAGCUAUAUUGGUUAUUGUGGAGGAUGUCACUUACAAUAUUUGCGAUCAAAGAUUUCACGAAUUUGAACUUAAGCGUUUAAACCCAAGAGUGAAGUUGAUGAGAAAAACUUUAACGGAUGUACACAUGGAAGGCAGUCUGAGUGAAAAUAAUGAACUGAUGAUAGGGAAUACGGUUGUAAGUGUCGUUUACUACCGAUCGGCUUAUACUCCGGAACAAAUUCCCACCAAAAAAGAAUGGGGCUCAAGAUUGCUAAUAGAAAGAUCACAGGCAAUAAAAUGUCCGUCCAUACAAUAUCAUCUCGCUGGUACUAAAAAGGUGCAGCAAGCAUUAGCCAAACCUGGCGCAUUAGAACCGUUCCUAUCCGAUCCUAAUAAAAUUGCUGCAGUCAGAGACAUAUUUACUGGAUUGUUUGGUUUAGAUUUUGACGAAGCUGGAGACCAAGCCAUUCAAAUGGCUUUGGAUGACCCGGAACGGUUUGUUUUAAAACCCCAGAGGGAAGGAGGAGGCAAUAAUAUUUACGGCUCCGAGAUACGAGACGCCAUAAUGCAGAUGAAAGAUACCAAAGAGCGAACAGCGUGGAUUUUAAUGGAGAGAAUAAAUCCGCCAAUUUCUACGGGAUACAUGAUCAGACCAGGCGGCCAAAAUCCUCCUCAACUAGCUGAAAUGAUUUCGGAACUUGGUAUUUUCGGUGUUGUCAUCGGAGAUUCGCAAAAGAUAAUGGUGAAUCGCCAAGUAGGUCAUAUGCUACGUACUAAAGUCUCUACGGCGGACGAAGGAGGAGUCGCCGCCGGAUACGGAGCCCUUGAUAGUCCUUAUCUAAUUGAUAUUGAUUGAUUGAUAUAAACGGUUGAGUUCGAAUUUAUUUGAUUAAUUUAAUUGAAUCGAAUUUGUUCAAACGGAAAAAUAUAUUAUUAUUAUUUGGGGAUAUUUCAAUUAACUUUAAAAACACAUUGCAAUUAGCGGAGCAAACUAAUAGAUAGUAAAUUGGGGUUGAUUAUUAAGCGUUUCAUGCAAAGUAAAAAAAAAUGGACAAAUUCCUUUGCCGAUAUUAAUUGUAAUACUUGCACCUAUUUAGACAUUUUAAUGUUACAUACUUACUGUAUGUAAACUGUAAACUUUUUAAACUUUAUAUUAAUACAUUAGGUAUGUUUUUAUUUACAGUAUAUUUUAUACAGAUACGUUAAAUAUUAAAAUAUAUUUUUAUCAAAACACAA